CUGCAUAUAUAGCCGGAUGGAGGUAGAGGACAGCAUCACCGUCGCUCUCUCUGCCGAAGAAGUUAUACCGAGCACAGUACUCCACGAUACGUAACCGAAAAUGAGGGCUACCACGAUUCUUCUCUGCCUGGCUGUCUUGGUGGCUACCGCAUAUGCUUACGGCGGAGGCCACAGAAGAUAUGGUGGAUACGGGGGAUACGGGGGAUACGGAGGAUACAGGCGCCACGGAUAUGGAGGAUACGGAGGAUACAGGCGCCGCGGAUAUGGAGGAUACGGCGGAUACGGAGGCGGAUACAGGCGCCACGGAUAUGGAGGAUACGGCGGAUACGGAGGCGGAUACAGGCGCUACGGAUAUGGAGGAGGAUACGGCGGAUACGGAGGUGGAUACGGUCGUGGAUACGGCGGUGGAUACGGCGGUGGAUACGGCGGUGGAUACGGCGGAUAUGGCUACGGAAGGCCCGUUUAUAUUAGAGCCUACGGUCACUAAAUUAUGUUAGCAACUUCUAACGUUUCUCUAACUUAUUUCGACGAUCUGCUCAGCGUAAGAAUAUGUGAUCAUUCGAAUAUACCACUGUUGCGUAUAGGCAUAGUGGGUACUACAACUAAAUCUACCGUGCCACAGAACUCUGUCGGCUGAAAUCCAAAGUGUAACCUGUCAAGUAAUACCAAAUUCGAGUUAGCCAAUGUAAUACCGUUUAUAUUAAUACGUAUAGAGCUGUUAUACAUACGCCUGUCGGCUUUAGCCCAUGGCACUUUCAGUUAUGUUGUUAUAAGUGUAGGUUGGUAUAUUUAUAUCUACAUAGCCCUAUAUAAUGCAAACCAUGUUACGGGUUUCACAGGACCUAUUCUGUUUUAUAAACUUUUAGCGUUUAACUUGUAAUAAAUAAAAUAGUUCUCUGAAUUAA